AUGGUCAAGAUACCUCCCUUCGAGGUCGCGGCAUGGUUCGACGACCAUGCUCAUGAUGCCCCGCACGACCUUGCUGGGACUGCCUCCGCGACACUGUCCAUAAAGGAUCUCAUCGAAAUCUCGGAACAUAGCGAGAAGACACGAGAAGCGCUCGACUUCAAUCUAAUCAAUUUAAACUACAACAGUCCUAUGAGAGGCGGUCAUCAAUUGAGAGACAACUUAGCUGCUCUAUACUCUGCCCGCUCACAAGGCGUGACAAGAGAUGACAUCCUUACAUGCAAUGCCGGUAUCGACGCGAACAACAUUGUUCUCACCGCUCUGCUCGGGCCCGGCGAUCAUGUAGUCUGCCAAUAUCCGACCUACCAACAGCUGUAUGAUGUUCCCCGCUCGCAGGGCGUCGAGGUCUCUCUCUGGAAGACCGACCCAUCGAAGAAGUGGAAAUUGGACAUCGAGGAGCUGAAGACCAUGAUCAAAGACAAUACAAGGAUGAUCAUCAUCAACGUACCAAAUAACCCGAGCGGGACAAUCAUCCCGAAAUCUCAGCUCGAGGAGAUCAUUGAACUUGCUCAAGAAAAGGGCAUAAUCGUUUUCUGCGACGAAGCUUUUCGACCACUGUUCCACGGGAUUUUGCCGUCGGACGAUGACUUCCCUAAUUCUGCAGUGAACAUGGGCUAUAAAAAGGUCGUGGUGUCUGGUACCAUGUCCAAAGCAUAUGGACUGCCAGGCAUACGAGCCGGGUGGAUCGUUUCGCGCGAUCCCCAUAUCAUUGCAGAAUGCUUCAAGAUGCGCUACUAUACAACAACGACUGUCUCGCAAUUGAACGAAGCGGUUGCGGCAGAGGCAUUGAGCGAACGUUGUAUCCACGCCUUGCUGGCACGGAACAUCCAGUACUGCAAGCAGAACGUCGAGGCUUGGCAGAAUUUCAUUGAUGAGCACGCAUGGGCAUGCUCGUGGGUGAAGCCGGUGGCAGGAACAACCGCGAUGGUCAGAUUCCACAAGAUGGGCAAGCCGGUCGAUGAUGCCAAAUUCUGUUUGGCGCUGCAGGAGAAAGCUGGGGUCUGCCUCAUUCCUGGCAGCAAGUGCUUUGGAGAUGGAGAACACUUCAAAGGCUAUGUACGCACCGGAGUAGGACUUGAUCCCAAACAAGUCAAAGCAGGACUCGCUGCCUUGGCAAAGUUCAUGGAGGAUGAAUUCGCCGACGUAGCUGUUGCGGCCAAGUGA